AUGGCCGACCGCGACGUCGACGGCGCUGUUGCCCAAGCCCAACACGACCAAGUAUGCUCCAGUAAAAGCGGACCCCAGUGGGAGAGUGGAGGUCCCGAGAACUGGUUUUACUAUGUAAAAGGCUUCGCCGGUGCUGAUUCCCCAGUCCCACAACAACAGGAUUGGCUCGCCCUAGACGAUGCGGCUCGACCAAGGCCACAAACCCGACACAGGACGCCGGCCCCAGAUGAAUGGUCGAUUCGAGGUGCGCCCGCAGCCGGAACCGGUCGGAGAUCACCGACCACAUAA